GUAGCAUUGUAGUGGAAGCAACUCUCUACAUUUGGCACUCUCUACAUUUGGCGUAGUCGGCAGGAUACGAACGACCCACAGACAUGGCGGUAGCGAAGGCGGGCAGAGCCCCUAAAGAGUUUGUUCCUGAUUAUGGACACAACGUCGCCAGUGAGUUCGAACUGUGGCUAGAAGACGCUAAUGAUUAUAUGACUAUAUGCAAAGUGACAGACCCCGCAGAGAAGAGAAGCCUCUUUCUGAACUUGGCUGGACUGAGUAUCAGACGAGUCGUAAAAGGACUGGCUAUCCCGGAUGUGGUAGGAGAAGAGGGAGAUCCAUACAAAGCAAUGACUGACGCAGUCCUAGCGCACUUCCGUCCAUCCGUGAAUACAACGUCUGAGCGACACAAGUUCCGCCAAUUAAAACAACAAGGCCAAGAGACCGUGACAGCGUUCGUAGGACGCCUACGAGCCAAGGUAGAAGCAUGUGAGUUUGAAUCAACGCGGGUAGACACGAUAGUGAACGGACAGAUUCGAGACCAACUGAUUGUUGGGCUAAGAGAUAACGAUAUUCGAAGGGAACUACUGAAAGAGUCACAACUCACCUUGGCUCAAGCAGUGUCAAAAGCGGUGGCAUGUGAGUCAUCUAUAGCUGACAGCUCCCUGUAUGAGGAAGUUCCACCGCCAAGCCUAGCAAACAAAGUGAGUCAAUCAAAUCCAUUGAGUAAAGGAAAUGCUGGGAAGUGCAGAUACUGUGGUUGCCACCAUACUAGAGGGAAACAACAUUGCCCGGCCGCAGAGAGUCAGUGCUCCCACUGUCACAAGAUGGGGCACUUUGCUGCCGUGUGUUUCCGUAAGACCAAGAUGGCAGUGGCACGUGCAGUGGACCAAGAAGGACUCGGCCUAGAAGCGGAUGAACAGACAAAUCGGGUGACUGAGGAUUACGACACGGUGUACAAGACAGGGAGUGGGCAACAGUCGAAACACUUCACAAGGACACUAACAGUCAACGGAAAACGUUGCAGAGGCCUGCUGGACACGGGGGCAACGAGAACCCUCAUCACCGCAGACGUAGUGGCAGCAACACGACCAAGCCACACAGUUCUUACGGCCUAUGACGGCACGCCGGUCACAACACUCGGAGUAGCAGAUGUGACCAUAUCGUCCGGCAACAAGUCUUGCACAUGCACGUGCUUUGUGGUCCCAACAGGACAAACUGUACUCUUCGGCCAAGACGUUAUCAUACAGCUGCAGUUGUUGUCAGUUGCGGACGUGAAUGUAGUCAAAGUCAGACCGGUGGACAUCACCGUCGAUCCCAAGGCAACGCCGGUCGCUCUCCCUCCCAGGCGCCAUGCCUUCAGUCUACGAGAAGCUAUCGAAGCGGAGAUCAAGAGGCUGGAAGAGCGCGGUGUGAUCGAGUCAGUUCAGGAAGCCACACCGUGGGUAUCGCCGCUAGUACCAACAAGGAAGGCGAAUGGCACGCUAAGACUGUGCGUGGACUACAGACGUCUGAACAAAGCCAUCAUACGGGAGAGGCAUAUGUUGCCUACAUUAGAGGAGAUAACGGCAAAGCUGGAAGGAGCUAAAGUAUUCUCCGUUCUAGACGCUGAGUCUGGCUUCCAUCAGAUCCCGCUGGCCCUGGAUUCUCGCCCAUACACCACGUUCGCAUCCCAUUGUGGCCUCUACCGAUUUAAACGACUCCCAUUCGGGAUAAGCAGCGCCCCAGAGACCUUUCAACGCGUGGUCAGUGACAUCCUGCACGGCACAGAGGGAGUGAUGGUCUAUAUCGACGACAUUCUCGUUUUCGGCACAUCUCAGGAAGAGCACGACAGAAGGCUUGAAUUGGUACUGCGGCGCCUGAGCAACGCCAAUUUGAGGCUCAACUGGGAAAAAUGCCAGCUUCGACAGACUCAAGUCAAAUAUCUGGGCCAUUGGCUAACCGGACAAGGAAUAGGACCAGACGCAGACAAGUUGAGGGCCAUUCAGGAUAUGCCCUAUCCCACGUCAGUUACGGAUUUACGGCGUUUCCUUGGCCUAGCCACCUACCUAGGCAAAUUUAUUCCCCGCCUCUCACAAAUCACAGAUGGUUUACGUCGAAUUGCCAAGCAGGAGCCAUUCGUGGCCAACGCGGAGUUGAAGAACGCCUACGACACAGCAAAGAGGAGUAUUGCCACAGCCUUGCAAAAGCUCGCAUAUUUCCGACCCUCCAGCUUGGUUCCAACGGCUAUCAGUAGCGAUGCUUCACCACACGGACUGGGGGCGAUGCUUUGGCAGAAAGACGACAGUGGUCAAUGGACCCCGGUGGCAUGCGCGAGUCGGUCGUUGACAGCAGCGGAAACCCGUUACUCCCAGUUGGAAAGAGAAAUGCUCGGAGUGGUAUUUGCAAUUACACGCUUCCGUCAAUAUGUACUGGGACGACACAUACAGGCCUUCACCGAUCAUAAACCGCUGGUCAACAUCGUGUGCAAGCCAUUCGAUGACGUACCACCUCGGCUUCAACGUUGGUUGGUCGCCCUGAUGCCGUAUCAAUACUCACUGACGUACACACCCGGCCAUCACUUGGUGUGUGCAGACGCAUUAUCUAGGGCCCCACUGGGGGACCAACACCCGUCGCCCGAGGAAUGCCGGUCCAUGCGCGAAUAUGUGAAUAUGGUCUUAGAAGAAGCACCAGUGGGUAUCGACGAGAUACGAAGAGCAUCCGAGGAUGAUCCUCUCAUCAGCAGUCUCAUGAAGAGAGUCAUUACAGCGUCCUGGAGAGACCGCAACCCACAAGAAGAACCAUACUUCUUAGUGCGGGAGCAACUGACAGCAAUUGACGGUGCCUUACUGUUCGACAGUCGCUAUGUGCUUCCUGAGAAUCUCAGACAACCGAUACUAAGACUAGCUCAUGAGGGUCACCCAGGCCGAGAUGCGUUCUUAGACACGCUGAGGACAAGAGUCUGGUGGCCCGGGCUGACCAAAGAUGCGACUGCCUUCGCAGAACAGUGUGGAGUAUGCUGGCGGAGGCGUUCUAAUCAAGAACAAGACUUGCAGCCGUCUGAAGUUGAAAGUGUCUGGCAUAAACUGGCGAUCGACCUCGUGUCAAUAGAAGGACAUUCGUGCCUGUCGGUCAUUGACUACGGCUCUCGUUAUCCUGAAGUGAUCCCCCUGGGCUCUACAAUAGCCACAGCAGUGAUCGACAAACUUAUGGAGGUGUUCGCGAGAUUUGGGCUCCCAUCAGUCCUAGUGACUGACAAUGGACCUCAGUUCAUAGCGGCUGAGAUGGAACAAUUUCUCAAGCAGUUGAAUAUUCGUCACGUCCAUUCAAGCCCGCGAUACCCGAGAUCCAAUGGGAUGGUUGAGCGGCUCCACCGUGUCUUGCGGGAACGGCUAAAAGGAUUACGGCCGUCCAUUUCUUUCCCACGACGACUACAGCAAGUCCUGAUGGACAUCCGCAACUCUACCCACAGGAUGUUAGGGACCACGCCAAGUGAAGCCCUCUUCGGUCGUGUCCUCCUUACCCGAGUACCGUCCUAUCACCACCCUGUUAUGGUUAACCCCGCACACCAGCUGAGAGCGAAGGCGAAGAUGGCGGAUGCCCACGACGCGAGGAGAGGGGUACACCCCCUGCCCACACUGAAACCGGGAGCUACAGUGAUACUGCAGGAUGGACGCACAGAUACCACCAAAAGGUGGCGAGUGGUGGAACAGUACGGGCGCCAGGUGGGGGUAUCCGACGGCAAGCGAAUUUUGCUCAGGAAUCGACAACAUGUGAGGCAGUAUAAUCGACAGCCCGAAGGAGAAGAGCAGGAUAUGCCCCAAGCUUGGACCCAGACACCCGCUCCCGCAGUUCGUGCGGAAACAACAUGGAACAACACCCCUACGCUUGCAGACUCAGAACGCGAAGGAGAGAUUACAGAUCACACCCCGCCAACCCGGUCAUCUAUGGAAACUUGUGUGGAGCCUUCAUCUAACAUGACUGGGGGCAAUAGCGUGGGAACAGGGAACACCGACCCGGAUCCAAGAUCAGGGGACGACUUAACGGAGCACCGGCACUCAGGACGGACUUUAUACAAGUCAGGGACAGUGACGAGGUCGGGGCGUCAGGUGAAACUCUCGAUGAAAGCGCAGGAAGCAGACAUAUAGGGGACGUUAGUUGUACCGCGGAGUUGAGUUGAGUUAGUAGCUUAAAAGACAGAGGGGGUAAUGUAGUAUGGAUGUCUGGGCCGGACUGCGAGGCCCACGCAUGCGUAACGAGAGAGACAGAGAGCGAGCGCGAUUGCAGACUA